AUGAGAAGAAGCAUAAACCUGUGUAUCUUAGAGACAAAGUUGCAACGAUGCAAAUGCCUGAAGCAAUUCAAGCAGAUUCUCUCUCAGAUGAUCCUCACUAACUUCAUCACAGACACUUUCGCCGCAAGCAGGCUCAUCAACUUCUCUGUUAACUCCACUUUCGUUCACUUCGAUUAUUCACUACGAAUAUUCAACCACCUUCACAACCCCAACACGUUCAUUUGGAACACCUUGAUGCGUGCUCAUUUGCAACUGCCACAAAACUCUCCUCACCAAGCUCUAUGCUUUUACAAGUUGUUCCUCGUUAAGGACGUUGACCCUGAUAACUAUACCUACCCAAUUCUCCUUCGAUCCUGCGCUCUUCGGUUGUCUGAAUUUGAAGGAAGACAGCUCCACACCCAUGUUCUGAAAUUGGGUUUUGAUUCGGAUGUUUUUGUUCGGAACACGUUGAUCAAUUUGUAUGCGGUUUGUGGGAACAUGGUUAAUGCGCGUAAGGUGUUUGAGGAAAGUCCUGUUCGGGAUUUAGUUUCUUGGAAUACCAUUUUGGCUGGGUAUGUUCAUGUGGGUGAUGUGGAGGUAGCGGAAUGUUUGUAUAGCCGGAUGCCGGAGAGGAACGCCAUUGCUUCCAACUCAAUGAUUGUGCUUUUUGGAAGGAAGGGUCUUGUUGUUCACGCACGUCGGCUUUUUGAUGAGAUUAGGGAGAAGGAUAUGAUUUCUUGGAGUGCAAUGGUUUCUUGUUAUGAACAGAAUGAGAUGUAUGAGGAAGCGUUGGUUAUGUUUGUGGAUAUGAAUGCAAAUGGGGUAAUGGUGGAUGAGGUGGUUGUGGUUAGUGCUAUCUCUGCUUGUACAAGCCUCUUGAUUGUCCGGACAGGGAAGUCAGUGCAUGGCUUGGCUGCUAAAAUUGGAAUUGAAGAUUAUGUUAGCCUUCAGAAUGCCUUGAUACAUUUAUACUCGAGUUGUGGGAAGAUAUUGGAUGCUCAAAGACUUUUCAAUGAUGGUGUCCUCGUGGAUCAGAUAUCUUGGAACUCAAUGAUUUCUGGGUACUUGAGGUGUGGUUCAGUUGAAGAUGCUGAGAAAUUAUUUUGCUCCAUGCCUGAGAAGGAUGUUGUGUCUUGGAGUGCUAUGAUAUCAGGUUAUGCUCAACAUGGAUGUUUCUCAGAGUCUUUGGAUUUGUUCCACAAAAUGCAGCUUCAUGGAAUUAGGCCGGACGAGACUGCUUUAGUGAGUGUCAUCUCAGCAUGCACCCAUCUGGCUGCUUUGGACUUGGGCAAAUGGAUUCAUGCUUAUAUAAGUAAAAAUAAAUUUCAGGUUAAUGUCAUUCUGGGCACGACACUUAUAGACAUGUAUAUGAAAUGUGGGUGUGUGGAAAAUGCAUUGGAGGUUUUCUAUGCACUGGAGGAAAAGGGGGUUUCUACGUGGAAUGCUCUCAUUCUUGGGUUGGCAAUGAAUGGUUUGGUAGAAAAGCCACUUAACAUGUUUGCAGAUAUGAAGAAAACCCGGACACUUCCUAAUGAGAUAACAUUUAUGGGAGUUCUUGGGGCCUGUCGGCACAUGGGCCUAGUGGAUGAGGGGCGCCACUACUUUAGUUCCAUGAUCCUUGAACACAAGAUACAGCCAAAUGUUAAGCAUUAUGGAUGCAUGGUUGAUCUUUUAGGACGUGCAGGUUUGCUUAAAGAAGCUGAGGAACUGAUUGAGAGUAUGCCAAUGGCACCUGAUGUUGCUACUUGGGGUGCUUUGCUUGGGGCUUGUAGUAAACACCAUAACAAUGAAAUGGGGGAGAGGGUGGGAAGAAAACUCAUUCAGAUUCAGCCUGACCAUGAUGGUUUCCAUGUAUUGUUGUCAAAUAUAUAUGCUUCAAAAGGAAAUUGGGGUGAUGUUCUUGAAAUUAGGGGAAUGAUGGCACAACAUGGGGUGGUGAAGACACCUGGUUGUAGCAUGAUUGAAGCAAAUGGAAUAGUUCAUGAAUUCCUGGCGGGAGAUAAGAUACACCCUCAGAUAAAUGAUAUCGAGCAUAUGUUAGAUGUAGUGGCUGUAAAAUUAAAGAUUGAGGGCUAUGCACCAACUACAAGUGAGGUUUCGCUAGACAUAGACGAGGAAGAGAAGGAAACUGCCCUUUUCAGGCACAGUGAAAAACUUGCAGUUGCCUUUGGACUUAUCACUAUUGCUUCACCAACUCCAAUCAGAAUAAUGAAGAAUUUGCGCAUAUGUAAUGAUUGCCACACUGUAGUUAAGUUAAUCUCCAAAGUAUUUGAUCGUGAAAUUGUGGUAAGGGAUCGUCAUCGCUUUCAUCACUUUAAGCAUGGGUCUUGUUCCUGCAUGGAUUUUUGGUAG